AUGCCACGCAUAAAGAAGAAGGGCCAGGCCGGCGCGGCCAAGAACUAUGUGACGCGAAACCAGGCCAUUCGCAAACUUCAAAUUACACUUCCUGAUUUCCGCAAGUUGUGUAUUUGGAAGGGAAUCUACCCUCGUGAGCCCCGAAGCAAGAAGAAGGUUUCGAAAUCUUCAACCAGCUCGACAACUUUCUACUACGCCAAGGACAUUCAGUAUCUGCUCCAUGAGCCUCUCCUGCAGAAGUUCCGCGAUCAAAAAUCCCUCGAGAAGAAGAUUUCAAAGGCAUUGGGCAGGGGUGAUGUUACCGAUGCAGCAAGACUCGAGGGCAAUGCGGCCAGGCCAGAGAAGACCGGCAAGCCGCGAUACACUCUCGACCAUGUUAUUCGCGAGCGAUACCCAACUUUCAUUGAUGCCCUGAGAGACUUGGAUGAUUGCUUGUCCAUGCUCUUCUUGUUUGCCAAUCUCCCCUCGACCUCCUCUGUCCCGGCAAAGAUGAUUGCCCGUUGCGAGCGACUGACACUGGAAUUCCAACACUAUCUGAUUGCGUCGCAUAGCCUCACCAAGUCUUUCCUGUCUAUCAAGGGUAUUUACUAUCAAGCGAACAUCAAGGGUGAAGACGUUCUGUGGCUUGUGCCCUACAAGUUCAACCAGCGAAUUGUCGGAGACGUCGAUUUCCGAAUCAUGGGUACUUUCGUCGAAUUCUACAUGACCCUCCUGAGCUUUGUCAAUUUCAGGCUCUAUACUUCUCUUGGUCUCAAGUACCCCCCAAAGUUCGAUCAAUUGAAGGACGAGAACGCUGCAGAACUCGGUGCUUUCACUCUCGAGGGCAUGACUCUGGUCAAUGAUGAGCCACAGAAGCAGAUUGAGGAUCACAAGCCCGAUCCCAAGGUCCAAGCCGCAGUCAACAAGGUUUUGAAGCAGAUUGACAGCAAGGCCGCGAACGGAGAUGACGCAGGUGACGCCGUCGAGGUUGAAGGUGAAGAGAGCAACGACACCAUCGACAAGUUUGAGCCAGCAGCCCCAGGUGGCGAUGUUCUUCCCCAGCCAUCCAACCUUGGUGGCAGCCAGGGCGCUCUCUUCUCAAAUUGCACAUUCUAUCUCUCGCGUGAAACCCCCCGUCAACCCUUGGAGUUCAUCCUCAAGGCUUUUGGGUGCAAGCGCGUGGGUUGGGAUGCUGUUCUUGGCGAUGGCGCAUUCACUACGAAUGAGCUUGACCCUGCGAUCACUCACCAAAUCGUCGAUAGGCCACCAGUCCAGAAUGCCGUGGAGGCAGAGACGGAGGGCGACGACAACCAGACAUCACAGAAGCUCGGUGCCAAUCGCCGAGUGCCAGGCCGUGUCUAUCUCCAGCCCCAGUGGGUUUGGGAUAGUGUCAACGAUGGAGAGUUGAAGGAGCCCCAUCUCUACGCCCCUGGAACUUCACUCCCCCCUCAUCUUAGCCCCUUCGUCAAGGCAAUGCCCGGAGCUUAUGAUCCUACAAUGCCACUGGAGGAGCAGGAACCUGAGCGUGAAGCUUUGGAAGCUGAGGAUGAUGACGAGGAGGUGACUGCCGAGGGCAUGGAUGUUGCUGAGGACGAUGAUGCUGAGGAUGACGAAGCCGAGAAUGGUGACUUCAAUGGCGUCUCCGAGGAUGAAGAAGAAGAAGCCGAUGGCUCUGACGAUGACGCUGAGCGACAACGCGAGCUUGAGGCUGAGUUGGCCGGCUCCUCUGUCAAAUCGAAAUCAAUCAGCAAGAAGGCCAAGGCCAAGGAAGACAAGCUCAAGGCCCUGUCGAAGAAGUCGCGUGAGGAUGAAGAAGAGCUCGAGCGAGCCAAGGGCAUGCUGAGCAAGAAGAAGCGGAAGUUGUAUGAGCAGAUGAUCUACACCAACACCAAGAAGAACGCUGCAGAUGAGAAGUUGAGGGCUAAGAGGAGAAGACUGGAAAAGGAGGGUAAAAGGGCAAAAGCAUAA